AAAGAAAAUAUAACAAAACUACUAAAAAUAAAUAUUAAAACAAAAUAAGAGAUGUCAUAAACAUGUUUGAGGAGAACAGGAUUUUUUAUGUGUUGUCAUUUUUUCUUCUCAUCCCGGAGAAGAAACUCAGGAGAUGGGAAGAAAACCAUGGAGUUUGUUAAUGAACAACAAUAUAAGACACAUCAAAACUUUUACACGGUACGAAGACAAAGAAGAAGAAGCUGCGUUGAUCUUCCCAAAAGAUCCUCCAUGGUUCAAGGCAUGGAUGGUUCCAGUGAUGAUGCUUUUUGUUUUCUUUAUCAUUGCUGUUGUAGGAAUUUGUCGACAUUGUCGAAAUUGUCGUCGUGGUGAAAAUUCUCCCAGCAUCCAUCCUAUCUCACAGACCACAUAAUUUGUUUAGAUUGCUUCUUCUUAUCAAAUGCAAAUUUUUUUUGUGGUGCAAUGUGAAUUCUACAGUUUCACCAUCAAUUUUCUGAUCACUUUGGUCUAAUGGAAAAAUUAAUAGCAUAAGACUAUAAGUUGAGCAAUGCGGAAAUAGAACAGAGAUAAUCCAUGUGAGGGAACAAAAAGAAAAUAAUUUUCAAUCUCAUUUGUAUUUUGCAGCAGUGAAGAAAAAUGCCAAUAAAAAAAUCUAUUCAUAAUCCAUGUCCCAAAUGCAUGCAAGAAACAAAGGUGAUUAAUUAAAAUAUAUGGGAAUUCUCUAGCUAUUAACUUUAGAAAUUUUAUUGGAUUAUUUACUUCGAAAAUGUCAAAUUCGCAACAAAAAUUUACAUAAUUCUGAACUAGA